UUUAUAGUGACGGAUGAAGUUUCUCAUCUUUGAGUUGCAAAUCUUGCAUGUUAUUGUUUUUCAUGGUUUUAACAAAAAAAUCAUCUUAAAUCUCUGCAUCAUAGCAUAUGCCAUGGGUGCAGGCACUUCCAAAAUGUUUUUCAUAAAACCUUUAGUUUUUUUUCCCCCCAAUUAAGCAGGCAAGACUUGUCAAAGUCGGGUUGGUAGAGCAUAAUUGUGAAGUUGACGUGUGGUUAUGUGUUUGGCGGUGCUGUGCGCACACAAAAAAGUCCAGAUGUUUUUGGGGUGGGCGACAAGAGCGAGGGUUACACUCCUGCGAGCUCAGAGAACGUCAUCCAUCCUGAGCAAACACCUGCUUCUACAGCUCCCUUGGAGGAGGAAGUCCAGAAUCUGGAGACUGAGGAAGCACAGGACCGGCUGAUGGUCAAAGGUGUCCUUUCAGGGGAACUUGGGUUCAUUGGUCAACUAACGGAAUCCUGAAUGAGAUGUUUACCCAUCGUGCACCUUUGACUGUUCAAACACUGUUGUCUGUAACUGUAACUUGUAUAACAUCAGAUUUAAUCAUUUAAUGUAAUAUGAUGCCUGACACUGUACUUUGUUUGUUGCAUUUUGUGCAUGGCGUGCGAUUUGUGUUAAAAAAUUGUAUCCAUAAGACAUAAUUUGACUAAAUGUAAGCAGCUAAUCUGUCCUGAAUUUUAGAGAGUGUAGGAGGAGCCUCAGUCUCCAAAGGACAGGGACCUAAAGCAGCCAAACCGGGUAAAAUCCUGUCUACUAGUUGAUGUAUCAAAUGAGCUUUAUGUAUAAAGAUCAACAAUGUGGUGCAUUUGUUGAUGUAAAUGUUUUAUCAUGUUUCUUUGCUCCUAGUAAAAAAUAAAUGCACAUUUAUUGUACACUGUGGCCCAGGAGGUACAAAUGGACAGUGGAUGAAAAUACCUGGAGCAGGCUAUAAUGCAGGACUUGGUGCAUCGGCGGGCUCCAACACUAAAGGUUACGGAGCAGGUGUUCCAAACAGAUUUGGUGCCAAACCCGGUUAUGGAACUGGAGGCUAUACUGUACCUAUUAAUGGAUACGGAGCGGGCCUUGGAUAUCCUAAUGCAGGCGAACCCCAACAGCCAAUUUACAGUCAAGGAGCCAACCUUGCAGCAGCUGGCUAUGUCAAGGGAAACUCUUACCCAGAUCUUGGCCACGGUGUUCCGACAAUGAACGCAAAAUCGGGUGGUGGUCUGCAGGCUCCUUACAAUGGCGCCCCGGCAGUUCCAGCCGCACUAGAUGGUGUGGGUCAGCCUGAGCAGCAGCCAGCUGGCCUCGGUCCUAAUGGAAAAAAAGGCCCAGUGUACGGUGGAAUGGAGGGCUUACUUUACGGUGGUCCGACUGGGAUGGGUCCUGAGAAAUCCAAUGCAAAGUAUGGCAUUGGCGGAUUGCAAUUUGGUGGCAGCCCUCAAACGGGAACUAAUGGUGGCGGCUAUGGCGUCUAUGAACCCACUGCUGAUUUGAAAUCUGGAAAAUAUGGUGGAGCCAAUACGGGUGGUGGUGUACCUGGACAAUAUGGUUAUGGUGGCUUACCCAAUAUUGGCCACCUUCUUAGUCGUGGCAGCAAUGGACACAUGGCUGGCAAAUAUGGUUAUGGAGGAAUGCCCCAUGAAGUUCAACCUGUUGGAUUUGUCCCUCAACUCCAAUAUCCUGGUGCUGGCCAAAACGGUCCUGGAGCCUCGCCAUAUCAGUCAGGCCCUCUUGGAUUUGGACCAAAUGUCAACUAUGGUGGUGGUGACGCUUCCUAUGGGCCACAAGGUCUGGUGGGUGAAGGAAAGUCUGCUGGGAAAAAUGUGGAUAACCAGGGACUGCACCAGAGCCAACCUCUUGAAUCUGCUUCUGAAAGGCGAUCAGUGGGAGGUGAUCCAACUCUGUCACGAGCAGUCGAUGGCGAGGGCAUGGCGAAUAAUAAAUAUGAAAAUGUGGGUUACAUAAGUGGACGUAAACUACAACCAGAAGUUAUUUCGCUCCCCGCGGCACCCACCCCCGUGCCGAUGGGAUCGGACGACCUCAGGGGUGCCGGCGGACUCUCGUUUGAUUCCGCCGACGCGGACCAGCAGUCCGCGGCCCGGGGGUCGGCGCAGCCGGACGACCCCGAGCAGAUGCCGCGUCAGCUUCACAUCCAGCAGCGCCUCAAACUGCAUUUACACCCUCAAGGGUCAAAAAAUGGUAAAUACGACUUGAAUGGCUUCUUUGGAAAUAGUGGCUACCAAGGUAAGGAACGGACUUAAAUCAUAAAAAUAUAAAAAGGUUAAUCCAUCUUCUUUCACACAGGUUAACACUGCUGUCAUCACAUGUGCCACUGUAUAUUUGUCAUCACUUCCUGAUUGUAUAUUAGUUUUAUUUACUUUAGUCUAAACCUUUAACACAUUGAGUUGCUAUGUUAUCUAUGUAUUAUAUAAAUAUAUACAUCUUUCUACUCUGCGCUUGCAUGUUCACUGUACGUGCAAACAAGAAGAAUGGAGUUUUGUCCUCUGCUUGUCUGUUUUUGAUUGAAUCAGUCAGUUUUGCCUCAAAUAUAUCUUGCAUAUUUCUAUAAAAACAAAAUGCUUUCUAAUUUAUUUUGCAUGGCGAUUUUGGUUUUAGAACUACUUGUGGUAAGAAUGUUUAUUGUACAGUAUUUGUGUGAUUAAAAUCAAAGACACACUUCA